AUGUAGACAUUACAGUGCGAGAGCAUCGAAAUGGCGGACGUUAGUGAAGAAUCAGCGAAAAUUACAGUAAAUGUAAAAACCCCAAAACAGAAACAGGAGUUUGAAAUAUGUCCAAAUGCUACUGUAAAAGAUUUAAAAGAACUAAUUUCACCGAAAUUCAGUGCAUCUAUUGAGCAACUUUGUUUGAUAUUUGCCGGAAAGAUACUAAAAGAUGCGGAUACGUUACUUCAACACAACAUCAAGGAUGGAAUGACUGUUCACUUAGUUAUAAAAUCUGCAAACAAGGCACAGGAGCAGGCUAGUAAUGUAAGCCAGCAGCCAGCAGGUGGCAGCACAGGUGGUGGCAGCCCAGCCAGCAGCGCCCCUGCUGGAGGAACUAGGGCAGACGUUGGGCAGACGCCGUUUGGGCUGGGGGCUCUUGGAGGAUUAGCUGGAAUGGACAGUCUAGGAAUGGGAUCAGGUCAGAAUCAUACUCUAACGCUGUGCGAUUUCACCUUAAAAGAACUAAUUUCACCGAAAUUCAGUGCAUCUAUUGAGCAACUUUGUUUGAUAUUUGCCGGAAAGAUAUUAAAAGAUGCGGAUACGUUACUUCAACACAACAUCAAGGAUGGAAUGACUGUUCACUUAGUUAUAAAAUCUGCAAACAAGGCACAGGAGCAGGCUAGUAAUGUAAGCCAGCAGCCAGCAGGUGGCAGCACAGGUGGUGGCAGCCCAGCCAGCAGCGCCCCUGCUGGAGGAACUAGGGCAGACGUUGGGCAGACGCCGUUUGGGCUGGGGGCUCUUGGAGGAUUAGCUGGAAUGGACAGUCUAGGAAUGGGAUCAGUUAAUGAACAAUCCAGAUAUGAUGAGACAGAUCAUGGAUAAUCCAAUGGUGCAAAAUCUGAUGUCGAAUCCGGACGUCAUGAGACAGAUGAUCACGAGCAAUCCACAGAUGCAAGAGUUGAUGGAGAGAAACCCCGAGAUCACGCACAUGCUGAACAACCCGGAACUGAUGCGGCAGACGAUGGAGUUGGCACGCAAUCCCUCGAUGCUACAGGAAGUGAUGCGUACGCAGGACCGCGCCCUCAGCAACCUGGAGAGUUUUCCAGGAGGUAUGAAUGCCUUGCAGCGCAUGUACAGAGAUAUACAAGAACCAAUGCUAAAUGCAGCUCAGAGCCAAGUUGCUGGAAAUCCAUUUCAAGCACUCGUCACCAAUGAUUCAGACACGUCGCAGGCGCAGCAGGGCUUGGAGAAUCGCGAGCCGCUACCGAACCCGUGGGCGCCCACGUCGUCUGCGUCUGCGUCGUCAUCGGCGUCCGCCAGCAGCAGCCGAAGCACCUCGACGAGUGCAGCACCGCCCACCUCCUCCCCCUACACCGCAGAGCACGCCGUGCAAGAGCAAAAGCCCAUGGCAAGUAUGCCGUGGCAGAGCACCCGUGGCACAGACAACGCCGUGCAGGAGUACCCGUGCGAGUACGGCCGUCGGCAGAAAGCCACGAGCGUGCAGAGUACGCGGUGGCAGAGCAGCGCCGUGCAAGAGGACGCCGUGAACCAGAGCAACGGCGUGGCCCGAGCACGCCGUGGCCCCCAACGACGUAAAAAACGCCGUGCAAAGCAUCGGCGUGGCCAGAGCACGGCGUGCCAGAGUAAGCCGUGGGCAAAGUACGGGCGCGCGUGCAGAGGCACGCCGUGCCAGACAACGCCGUGCAAGAGUACGCCGUGGCACGAGCACGCCGUGCUGCUGCGGCUAAGUUUUCUGGAAGCUGCGAUCCCCGGCAAACAACGAUUGUUCGAGACCGAAUCUAAAGACAUAAAGAACGUGCACUCGACACGCAGGGAAAACAAUCGCGAGAACAGUAUCACUACAAUCAUCCUACAAUCAAGAGAUACGCCGUGGCAUAGCGAGACGCGCGCAGAGCUAGCCGUGGCUCAGAGCGACGAUGCCUGCGAGGACACGGGACAAGAGUACGCCGUGGCAGAGUACGCCGUUUGCAGAGCACGCCGUGCAGAGCGCUGCCCGUGGCCAGAAGGGAGUGUGGCAGAGACACUGUGGCAGCAGUACGCCGUGAGCAGAGAUACGCCGUGGCAGAGACGACCGUGGCACGAGUACGCCGUGCAGAAGACACCGUGCAGAGCUACGCGUCGGCAGAGUACGCCUAGCAGCAUGCAGACGCGGCAAGAGCCACCCGUGGCGAAGUACGCGUGGCAGAGUGGACGCGGCAAACACACCGUGCGCAGAGUAGACACGCCAGAGUACGCCGUGCAGAGUACGCCAUCGAGAGUGAGACGCGGCAGAUACGCCGAUGGCAGAGUACGCCAUGGCAGCAGUGAGCGCGAAGAGCAACGCCGGACAGCAUUGCAGACGUGGCAGAGCCACGCGUGCAGGACUGAGAAGACGCGGCAGAAUCUGCCAGCAUCGACUGAGAUUAGGGGUGCCAACAUCAUGUUCGGCAUCAGCUGUGCCAUUCUCCAUCAUGUCUGCCAUGCAUCAGACGGUCUGCAUGCCGGCGCGGGUGUCGAGAACAUUCCUGCAACACCACACAGGCUAUCGUACAACAUUCCUGCAACGCCACACAGGCUACCGUACAACAUUCCUGCAACACCACACAAGGCUAACGCGCAGCCGGGUGCUGCGGCGGCGGGGGCGGGAGGCAACCCUGAGGAGCGAUUCCGCAGCCAGCUGGAGCAGCUCGCAGCGAUGGGCUUCGUGAAUCGCGAGGCCAACCUGCAGGCGCUCACGGCUACGUUCGGAGACGUCAACGCCGCGGUCGAGCGUCUUCUGUCGGGCGCCGGCUCCAGCGGGUCCGCCCCGAGCUCCUAGACUGCCGCCGUCGUCGUCGUUGUUCUCGGAUCGUAGACUGCCGCCGUCGUCGCCGUCGCUCUCGGAUCGUAGACUGU